ACUUUUUUGGGUAAAAAUUAGCAAUUUCGUUGGUUUCGCAUCAUUUUAAUAAUAAGCGAAAUUCGUGAGUACCCAAAGGCAAGGGAAUGUGUCGAAGUUGACACACGGAUUCUCUAUAUCUACACCGAUUAGAGGCGGCACCGCUUCCACUGAGUUCGUCGGAAUCAGCAAUGGAAGUCGAGGCGUUGGGCGAUCUUGCGCUUCACUUGAUCUUCGCGAAAUUAAGCCCUAAAGACUCUGCCAUCGCCGCUUGUGUUAGCCGCAAAUUCAGGUCCUCAGCGUCUGAAGAUUCUCUGUGGGAGAAAUUCUGCCAUCGGGACCUCGGCCUCACCGACCCAAUCGAUCAUUUGGGAAACCCAGUUCCGUCAUUCAAGGAGAGUUAUCAAGAAUGGCGGAGAGCUUUUGGGAUGUAUCCAUGGCCUCUGGUCGAGCGAGUUAAGCGAUGUUGGGAUAGAAUCGAAAAUUGGUUGCGUAGUAAUUAUCCCGAGGCUCUGGUGACACUUAGGGAAGGUGCAUCAGAAGCUGACAUUGAAGAAUUGGAAAAUGCUUUGAAAGUGAAGCUACCUCUUCCAACGAGGAUUCUUUAUCGUUUUCAUAAUGGUCAAGAUUUGAAAGGCAGAUAUGUUGAUAGUGUUCGAGGCUUCCCGUUCGGGUUAAUUGGGGGAUAUACUUUCUAUGAACAGACGGUAAAUGUUUAUUUGUUGCAUUUGAGACAAGUGAUCACUGAAACGAAAUCAAUCAUUCAAGAACUUGGUUUCUCGAGGAGAUCUAAAUUCAUUGUUGUAGCUUCGUCUUCUACGCUCGUUCAUAAGGUUUUUUUCCUUAAUUGUGCUUCGGGUCAACUCUUUGUGGGUACUGCAAAUCUUCGAGAAGAUGGAGAAAUGAUUCCUUGUGUACCUGGUGCAUUGAUAAACUCGGUGCAUGAGUAUAACACAGACCAACAACAAGAUGCUAUGUUAUUAUGGCUAGAAGAGCAUGUUAGACGCUUAGAAAAUGGUAUUAUCAAGCUUCGUGAAACUAAUAACAUUAGGAGCAUCUCUCUUUUUCCGGAGGAACCUCCCUUUUGCUCUGUUGCAACGACCAAUGGUGUUCGUGUUCGUGCUUCUGCUAUCUUUAUCCCGGAGUUCACGGAUCUUCUAGAUAGUGGUGGAAACUAUCAAUUUUCAUAUUCAAUUCGCAUGUCAUUGCAGCCUGAAGGUUGCAUCAUGGAUGGGAUGACAUUCAGCUCAUGUCAAUUGCAUCUUAGACACUGGAUCAUUCGAGCUAAUGACUACGUGGUUUCUAGAGUUAAUGGAGAGGCUGUUAUUGGAAAGUAUCCCCUCUUGCAACCAGGAGAAAAAGAAUUUGUUUACGAGAGUUGCUCAUCUCUCCAUUCAUCCAUGGGCUCCAUUGAAGGGUCUUUUACAUUUGUCCCCGGGAGUUUGACAUAUCAAGAAGGCAGCCCAUUUGAAGUUCAAGUGGCAAGGUUCCCUCUCCAGGUUCCAACCUACAUCUUCUAAUGUACAAAGAAUAAUCUUUAUCUUUUGGUGUACACAUCAGUUUGUUUGUGCGUACAAAUAAUUAUACUGAGAGAUGAACGAAACAAAUGUGCACAAGACCCUGUUUAG